AUGAAACACAGCGACGCGACGCAUUAUCUGGAACGUAUUCGAGGCAACACAGUGUACAAGGCAGUUAACUACGUAGUCAUAUUGGACGAAAACAUGCGUCACAGGGAUGACCCGCAAUGGAGAGAUAUACUGAACCGUUGGCAUGUGGGCAAUUAUCUCUCUUCUAACAUCGAUAUCGUGAACGCAAUGUGUUACCGCAAAAAGUGGUCUGAGCAUGUGCAAGAAAUGGACACUUAUUGCCCAAUUAUCGUUACCUCCAACGCCUUACGCUGCGAGUUUAACCACGAAUCCGCCAUUGCUUUUUGCAAAGCUCGCGGGCAAGUCCUUCAUGAAUUUCCAGCACUUGUGGCUCGCCCUAAAUCUGCCAUCCUAUCUCCCAGCCAACGCAGAAGUCUGAACGCCAUACGUGACGACAAAACCGGUAAUUUACCCGUGCGCAUGCAAAUCGCUCUUGAAAUGCCUGUCCAGUGCAGCAAAAACGUUUCGACGGUGUUUAAACUGGCCAACGGCACUAUUGGAUACGUUGUAUCUAUCAAGCCAUCUUCGACGGAUAUCGAACAGGUCAUUCAAGUUGGAGGGUUCGUGACGCGCGUCCACUCUGAACCACCCGAAAUCAUAUUCGUUCAGUUACGUGAUCACAACAAUCCGCUCUUUGAAGGUCUACCAGACGGUGUGGUCCCGUUGCGGCCCUGGAAACAGAACACGAAAAAUGCCAAGGGCUGA